GUCAUUAUGUGGUUAAUGCUGCUACCAUUAGUUUUGUACAGCUCCUGUGUGACUAGUCAGAUCCUCUAUCCUCCGCAAUAUACCAAUAAUCGCAUUGUGGGCGGCGAGGAAGCCGCAGAGGGCGUGGCACCCUACCAGAUUUCCCUGCAGGGAUCGGGAAGUGGAUCGCAUUCCUGUGGAGGUGCGAUUAUUGAUGAACGUUGGAUUAUAACGGCGGCCCACUGUACAAGAGGCAGACAGGCAACGGCUUUUCGAGUCCUCACAGGCACUCAGGAUCUUCAUCACAAUGGCUCCAAGUAUUACUAUCCCGACAGGAUUGUGGAGCACAGCAAUUAUGCGCCUCGCAAGUAUCGCAAUGAUAUAGCUUUGCUGCAUCUGAACGAGUCGAUUGUGUUUGAUAAUGCCACCCAACCGGUGGAACUGGAUCACGAGGCUUUGGUUCCCGGCUCCCGACUUCUUUUAACUGGCUGGGGAACCCUUUCUCUGGGCGGCGAUGUUCCCGCCCGUCUGCAGAGUCUGGAGGUCAACUAUGUGCCCUUCGAGCAGUGUCGAGCGGCCCACGAUAAUAGCACUCGGGUGGAUAUUGGCCACGUUUGCACCUUUAACGAUAAGGGACGCGGCGCCUGUCACGGCGACUCAGGUGGUCCUUUGGUGCACAAUGGCAAGCUGGUGGCCCUGGUCAAUUGGGGACUGCCCUGCGCUAAAGGUUAUCCAGAUGCCCACGCUUCCAUUGCUUACUAUCAUGACUUUAUACGCACUCACCUCAGUCUAUCGAAAACCGACAGCUCCGAUGAUAAUAAAGAGGAGGAGAUGAUCAUUGUCAAAGAUUAGGGACUAGGAUUAAAUUGAGUGUACUUUAUCUAGGCUGAUAAGGUAAU